UUGACACUUGUCAACAAAAACUUGUUCUCAUUUCACGUUGGCCAAAAUAAAAGAAGAAGAAGAGAAGUUUUUUGAUUGAACUUACUUUCCACCUAUUUCUUUGUAACUUUCUGUAUCAUUAAACAAUAUUUUUGAAAAGCAAUAGAAAAUGUUCAUACAGACUUCAAUGUCCCCAGAAUUAUUUUGGAAGUCCGUCAAUAUUUUGAUAACCAAAUUCAAUGUUAUUAAUAAAAGGUUAUGGGGUUGCAAUACAAUUUUCAGUUGUUGUUGCAAACCUACAAAUAAUAUGUGGGAGCAUCCCAAAACUUGUACAAAAUUGCAAGUUAAAGGAGAUCCUCAGCCAGACAUAGACUUACUAUUCAAGGAAUUGCAAAUAGAACAGUGUAUUGGAGCUGAAGAAGUUGAUGCUUGUGCAACAGUUGUUAUAAUUGAAUUACUUCCAAAAUUAUAUUCACAGAAGAAAGCAUAUCAGCUAAUUCUUAUGGAAAAAGGGAAAGAGCUUGUAACUUUCUAUGAUAUAACACCAGAAGGAUAUAACCAAAACUUGUGUCCUGAUUUUAUUUAUUCACUUGCUUUAGAAAAUGGGAUAUUGUCAUUGAAAACUAAUUUAGACAAUGUUUCUAACUCAAAAUCAUACCAAUGGCUAGUAAAGCAAGUACUGCCACAGGUUGUGAAAUGGGGAGAGGAAGAAAAUGUAAAGAAGCACAUGUGUACUGAAUCUUUGAGUUUGAUAUCAACAGAUGAUUAUUACAAAAAGUAUAAUGAGCUAAAACUCAAAUAUGGUAAAGAAAUGGUUGAGAUUUGGCCAGAAGUAACAGACCCCUCGAAGUUUGUCUAUGAGGAUGUUGCAAUAGCUACAUAUUUAUUGUUGCUGUGGGAAAAUGGAAAUGAAGAAAAUAAAAAGAAAACUUUUGUAGACCUUGGUUGUGGCAAUGGGUUAUUGGUAUAUAUUUUAACUAAAGAAGGACAUACUGGAGUGGGCAUAGAUGUGAGAAAAAGACAAAUAUGGGAUAUGUAUCCUGAUGAUGUGAAACUAGAGAUAAAAACAAUAAUACCAUCAGAUUUGAAUUUAUUCCCUGAAGCUGAUUGGCUAAUUGGAAACCACUCAGAUGAACUUACACCAUGGAUUCCAGUUAUUGCUGCCAGAAGUUCUUACAAAUGCAAUUUUUUCCUUCUCCCAUGUUGUGCUUUUAAUUUUGAUGGUAGUAAAUACCAAAGAAAAGACUCUUCUAAAAGUCAGUACAUGGAAUAUCUAGAGUAUGUGAAAGAUUUAUGUGAAAGUUGUGGAUUUGUCACACAUGUGGACAGGCUAAAGAUUCCUAGUACUAAAAGGAUAUGCCUUGUGGGACAAAAGAGAUCACAUACAGAAGACAUGUACUUAGAAUAUUGCAAUGACAUCAAAAAGUUAAUAGAUAACAGUUGUGGAUGUACAGACAGUAAAGCUAGCAAAUCUGACCCUUGGGUGGCAGACUUCAAAGCUAGAGAUCCAGUAGAAAGGAUAAGAAAUUGCACCAAAAUAGACAAAGGUACCAUAGAAUCAAUGGUAAAUUGCAUUGCAAAUUAUUUACUGCAAGGUUGUAAUUUGGAGACUGAAUGGUCUUGUGGUAGGUUAGUGAAUUUAUGUGAACUAAUCCAUUUGUUAAAUGAGGACCAACUGAAAGCCAUGAAAGCUGAAUGUGGUGGACUACAAACUCUUUUGAGGAAUCAUCAUCAUAUUUUUAAAGUGCAAAGUGGUCAAGUUCAGUUACGGUAUCCUAAAAAUAUUGAUGAAGUGAGCAAAAAUGUCUCCAAGCCUAAUAAAAACAUAAAAGUGAAGCGAAAAUCUUGUUGGUUUUAUGCUCAUCAUCCACAAGGUUGCCCACUAAUAGACAGUAAGUGUAGUUAUUUACAUCAAAAGUGAGUGUAUUUAUAUUUAUGUAAGAAUAAUAUGAUUAUUAUGUAGAUAUGUAUUAUAAUAGCUUGUAUAAAACUUUAAAUAAAAAAAUUAUUUAUAAAAUAUAUUUAUUUAUAAAUUCAGUCUAUAAUUAUUAACUUUAUUAUACCACAGAUAUAGUAAUUUAAUUAUACAUAUAAUAGUAUAAUUGAAACUAUACAUAAUCUAUAUUACCCUCAUUUAUUAAAUGCCUCAGAUCUGGAAAAUAGAUAUUUACAACUAAUCCCAAUAUCCCCUUAUCUACACCUUUAUCACACCUUUAGUGUUCAAAGUAUAAAAUUAUUAUUUGUAAGUGUAUUAUAUUGAAACAAGGUCACUAUUGUGUAACAGUAUUACUCAAUUUCGAAAAACUUAUUUAGCUCUGAUAAAUUCCUCUCAUCAACUAACUUGGCCACAUCAUGCUCACCCAUAAAAGAGCAAACCAUUCUCAAAGUGGUCCAAAUAGUUGAGGAGCUGGUGUCUACAGAGGAUGAACUUGGAUGCAAACUCUUAGAUUUGUAUUGCUGAUUCAAUGCCACAAGGAAGUGCUCUGCUGCCUGUUUGUGAGCUCCUAAAUUCAUGCAAGUGAUGCCCACAUUGUACCUGGCUCUGAUGAACCCGGGUUCCAAAUUCAAAGCAUGAUGAUAAGCUUCAACUGCCUCUUCAGACCUUUCACUAUUAGCCAGUGUGGCUCCCAGUCUGUUCCACAACUUUGCAUUAUCACUGGCAACACUUAAAGCAGUUUUAAAACAGUCUACAGCUUUGUCAUACUCUUGAUUUAUGUUGAACAACACACCCAAACCAUUUUGCACAUCAGGAUCAAUCUGAUUUGGGUUUAAUUGUGCUGCUUUGAUGUAAAAUGUCUUCACAUGGUUCUCCAAGUCUUUGAUAUCUAAAUUUUUAGGAUCAAUAUCUAAGGGACACAGGUCACUGUAUUUAGGACUAGC